UUCCAAAUUUAUCAGAUCAAAUCACACCAAAAUUUUCUUUUGUUUACCUUUCUUCCUCACUACACCACAUAUUCUUUCUUCUUACCAAAUUAAAAACAAUAAUUAAAAAUUAAAAAUAUAUAUAUAUAUAUAUUUUAUAUAUAAAAUUAAAGGCUUAGACACAAUCUUUUUGUUAGCUGAACAUAUAUUGUGUAUUGAAAAUUGAUUGGAAAAAGAUUGGAAAGAGAAGAGAAAAGAGUGGGUUGGGGGGCAAAAUAUAGAGAAGGAAGAAGAACGCCCCUUCGUUCUACUAUUGCCCCCUCCGUUAGAUCUUACUGUUUUCUCAUCUGGGUCGCAUCUUUCUUGAUUUGAUUUGGGAAAAUGCAAUCUGAUCUUGGAAAGUUAUUCGUUGGUGGAAUAUCAUGGGACACUAAUGAAGAGCGGUUGAAGGAGUAUUUUAGUACCUAUGGGGAGGUUUUAGAGGCUGUAAUUAUGAAGGAUAGGACUACUGGACGUGCCCGUGGUUUUGGUUUUAUUGUUUUUGCUGAUCCUGCUGUUGCUGAUAGGGUUAUCAAGGAAAAACACAAUAUUGAUGGCAGGAUGGUUGAAGCAAAGAAGGCUGUUCCAAGGGAUGACCAGAGCACAAUAAGUAGAAGCAGUACUAGCAUUCAGGGUUCACCUGGUCCAGGACGUACAAGAAAAAUUUUUGUUGGAGGUUUAGCAUCCACGGUAACUGAGACUGACUUUAAGCAGUACUUUGAGCAAUUCGGAACAAUCACCGAUGUAGUAGUUAUGUAUGACCACAACACUCAGAGACCAAGAGGCUUUGGGUUCAUAACUUAUGAUUCAGAGGAUGCAGUGGAUAAAGUAUUGCUUAAGACCUUCCAUGAGCUGAAUGGUAAAAUGGUCGAGGUCAAACGUGCAGUCCCCAAAGAGUUAUCACCAGGUCCAAGACUCGGUGGGUUUAACCAUCCACUAAAUAGGAUCAAUAACUUCCUUAAUGGAUACACACAAGGAUACUCUCCGAAUACAGUUGCAGGAUAUGGAGUCAGGAUGGAUGGUAGAUUUAGCCCCAUUACUGGAGGUAGGAGUGGUUUUGCUCCAUUUGGUUCUGGUUAUGGAAUGGGGCUUAACUUUGAACCAGGGUUAAGCCCAGGAUAUGGGGGAAGUGCAACCUUUAACAGCAACUUGAGCUACGGACGGGGACUGGGCCCUUAUUAUGUUAAUAGUUCAAAUAGAUUUGGUGGUCCUAUUGGGUUUGAUGGAGGAAAUGGAGGAAAUAGUUCAUUCUUCAGCUCAGCAACUCGGAAUUUGUGGGGAAGUGGGGGUUUGGGUUAUGGAACAAACUCCACAAGCUCUAGCAACUUUGCGGUAUCUGGAAGUGGGAGUACCGGGGCAGGAAACUUUAGCAACACUGGAGUUUGGGGUUCAUCUUCAAUUUCCUCCCAAGGUAGAGGAAAUGUUUCUAACCAAAGUAAUCUUGGUUAUGGGGGUGAUGAUAGUUUAUAUGGGUUGACUGGAGGCUAUGGAAGAAAUGUUACAACAAGCGGGGCUCCUACUUUAUCAUAUCCUGCAUCUAAUGGCAGCUAUGAUGGAGCUCUUGCUGAUUUUUACAGUGGUGGUCUGGGAUAUGGUGAUUCUACUUGGCGCUCUGCAAAUUCUGAGCAAGAUGAAUCUGGCUCAAUUGGUUAUGGACUUGGCACUGCACCCUCAGACAUGCCACCUAAAAGUUCUACUAGUUAUGUUGGCAGUUAUGGUGUUGGUAAAAGACAGACAUACAGCGGGCUCGGUGGCUAGGAGAAUACUGGGCAAACAAGGGUGUUACAUUAGGGCUAACCGGAGUUGCCUGUUUUGAAGGUCUAGAGAUAGAAGUUUACAAGAUUUUGUGCUAAAGGGUUUUUGUUUUGAGUUAAUUCUCCCCUUCUUUUUUUUUCCGUUUCCCUUGAGUGAGGUGUAAAAUCAGAUUGCGGCAUAUAGUCAGAAAUGUAUCGUGCAUCUGUGGUGAGGCACUGAUACAUACACAAACAAAUAGACAGAAAGUUUUGCGUAAAAUUUUUAGAGUUAAUGUUUUUGGCUGUAACGUUGCUGCGAAGUUGCAGAUUCUUGUCUGGUGAUGUGUUUGCUCUGUAGUUUUCUCUUAAGUGGGAUUUUCCUUUCGCAUUUUGGAUGUAAGGGAGGUUGUUGAUUUAGUGUGAUACAUUUUAGGAUACCCAUCUAGGGUUCCCUAAUGAAUAAUUUACUGCA